AUGGCGCCAAACUUCGACCCUUUUCAGCAGAGCGUGACCUUUCAGCGCGGCGAUGGCAGCUCUUUCCCGGUUUCAAUGGCGGACUUUGACAAAUUCUUGCUCUACGUCGUGAGGACUGCUAUUGCUGCUGCUUCUCAGCUUGGAGCCUCCGUUGUGAUGGCUGUCCUUCUCGCUCUACUUACAUCCCCGGAGAAGCGACGUUCCAUCGUGUUCUAUCUCAACAUUACAACUCUACUAAUGAACGUCUGUCGAACCCUGUCAUCCGCCGUCUUUUUCACUAGUUCCUGGGUUGAAGUCUACGCCUACUUUUCCGGUGACUAUUUUCGGGUUACCGCAGGCGCCUAUGCGAAUUCUGUGAUGGGUACGAUAGCCACUGGUCUCAUGGUUAUCUUGAUUGAACUAUCCCUCCUUGUCCAAACCCAAGUCUUGUGCUCUACCCUAUGUGGCAUUUAUCGGGUUGUCCUCUUAGCAUGGUCAUGUGUGGUGGCCAUGGUGCCCAUUGCAUUCCGAAUUGUCCUGGUGGUUGAAAAUAUUAAGGCAGUAAUGAGUCAGUCCUCACUUGGAACGAAGGUCUGGAUACAAAGUUCGUCAAAUAUCACCAUCUCAGUCAGCAUCUGCUACUUCAGUUUGAUCUUCAUGGCCAAGCUUGGAUAUGCCAUCUAUACCCGGAGAGCUCUGGGAAUGACAGGAUUCGGAGUCAUGCAAGUGAUCUUCAUCAUGGCUUGCCAGACUAUGAUGCUUCCAGCCAUAAUGUCGAUACUCCAGUACUUCAUUCCUGAGUUCGAGAUUAACACCAACAUACUCACUCUUCUUGCCCUAUCUCUACCACUCACGACUCUUUGGUCAGCUGCAGCCGUUCGCCAUAUCCACAACGACAACAACCAUGGCCCUGGCCGUCAUAUCUGGGGCGGCAGCUCAGGAAAAUACUUCUUUGACCAGAGUAAGAAUUCAGGAGGCAGCUUCUCCCACCCGGCUUCGACACUAGUUGGAACAAUGAACGGUUCAGAGAAAAUCAAGUCCGCUGAUCAUUUCGAUCGCCUGUACCCUGAGCUAAAUGAUGCAGGCCCCAUCGCAGUGGAUCGCAACUUCAGCGUUACCGGUGACAGAGUAUAA